CUUGUGACACAUCUCUUCCAGCCCACACCCUGGGUCUGUAGCUGGGUCCCACAACCUAUCAGAUGGGCCAUGCCCUGGACUUGGCUGCUGCUCCUCCUGCUCCUCCUGGUCCUCUGGUGUCCAGCCCUGCCCACAGAUCCCGUAUCCUUUCCUUCCUCCCCAGAAGUAACGGCUCUCCUGAGGCUGGCUCAGCAAGGAAUCAAUGGCACACCUUUCCCCUCUCUGGCUCCACCAAUCACACAAUUCGUGGAUGGAAAGCAGCAGACACUGGUAGUUUGCCUGGUCCUCGAUGCUGCCCCUCUUGGUAUUGACAGCGCUGUCUGGUUCUCAGCGGGAAAUGGCAGUGCACUGGACACCUUCACCUAUGGCCCUUCCCCUGCGGAGGAUGGCACCUGGACUAGCUUGGCCCAGCUUUCCCUGCCCCAGGAGGAGCUGGCAGCCUGGGAGACGUUGGUGUGUCACACUGGGCCUGGGGCUGGGAACCAAAGCAGGAGCACCCAGCCCCUACAGCUGGCAGGAAGGGCCUCUUCAUCCCGGACCUGCCUUUGGGAGCCUCUCAUAGGGAUGAGGGGUCUGGCCCUGCGCUUAGAGGCUAUGCGUCUGCUGCUCUUCAAGCUGUUGCUGUUUGACGUGCUCCUGACCUGCAGCUGCCUGCAUGGAUGGACCAAGUUGGGCUCGGACACCCUCUCCCUGCCGCCUCCGACUGGGUUUCCUAUAGUGACGCCUGCACCACCUGCUUUAUCCUCUCUGCCCCACCAGCCCCAAUUCCAGAGGCAGAGAAGCAGGAACCAAGCUUAGGUCUGGAGCUCCUGACAAGUCCUCAGAAUUCUUGCUCCAAGCCUUGAAGAAAUUGUCUGUGAGCUUCCUGUCGGCUAGGUUCAGCCUCUUCACGCAGACUUUCUGAAAACCAAGGCUGUGUCUCCCUGCAGAAUGCACCCCCAGAACAUGGAACUCCCCCCAGGUUCAUGGGACAUUUGAGGUGGGAAUAACGGAGAGCAAGUAGAAAACUUAAAGGACACAAGCAAAUGAUAAAUAUAUAAAUUAAUGCUGGGCUGGGGAGACAGCAUAAUGAUUAUGUAAACAGCUUUCAUGGCUGAGCCUCUGAGGCCCCAGGUUCAAUCCCCAGCACCACCACAAGCAGAGCUGAGCAGGCUCUGGAGUUUCUGUCUCUCUUACUAUAUGUCUUUCCUUAAAAUAAACAUUAAAAAUUAAAAUAAAAAAUAAAUUCAUGUUUGCUCUGAAAGAGAGAAUUUGGUAGAUAUAAAGAAUGUCAGAAAAGAGGGGGAUAAAUAGCAUAAUGCUUACAUAAACAGACUCUCAUGCCUGAGGCUCUCAAGUCCCAGGUUCAAUCCCCCACACCACGAUAAACCAGAGCUGAGCAGUGCUCUUGUUAAAAAAAAAAAAAAGAGGGGAGUCGGGCGGUAGUGCAGUGGGUUAAGCACACGCAGCACAAAGUGCAGGGACCAGCAUAAGGAUCCCGGUUCCAGGUCCCCCACCUCCACCUUCAGGGGAGUCCCUUCACAGGCGGUGGAACAGGUCUGCAGGUGUCUGUCUUUCUCUCCCCCUCUCUGUCUUCCCCUCCUCUCUCCAUUUCUUUCUGUCCUAUUUAACAACGACGACAACAAUAAUAACUACAACAACAAUAAAAACAACAAGGGCAACAAAAGGAAAAAAUAAAGUAAAAGUAAUAAUAAUAAUUAAAAGAAUAUCAGAGGAGGCUGGGCUGAAGCACAAGGACUGACGUAAGGAUCCUGGUUUGAGCCCCCAGCUCCCCACAUGCAGGGGAGUCACCUCACAAGCAGUGAAGCAGGUCUGCAGGUGUCUAUCUUUCACUCCUCCUCUCUGUCUUCUUCUCUCUCAAUUUCUCUCUCUCCUGUCCAACAACAAUAGCAAUGGAAACAAUAACAAUAACAACAAGGGCAACAACAUAGGAAAAAUGGCCUCUAGGAACAGUGGAUUUGUAGUGCAGAUACCAAGCCCCAGCGAUAACUCUGGAGGCAAAAAAAAAAAAAAAAAAAAAUCAGAAAAAGGCCUGGAGAUAGCAUUGUAGUUAUGACUGAGGCUCUGAAGUGCCAGGUUCAAUUCCCACCCCGCAAACCCUUAGUAAGCUAGAGCUGAGCUGUGUUCUGGUAACAAUAAGUUAUUAGGGGGGGCCGAGUGGUGGCGCACCUGGGUGAGCUCACAGGUUACAGUGUGCAAGGACUCCUUCUUUCUUUACCUUCCCCUUUCUUUACCAAUUUUUGGCUGUCUCUAUCAAAUAAAUAAAGAUUAAAUACUUAAGA